AUGCAGAAGAACAAUAAGAAGAACCGAGUCCAGAACAUGGGCCAGCAGCAGAGAGCUCUAGCCUGCACGUCCUUGACCAAACCAAGCAACAAUAUCGCAUUGCUCACAGAAAGUCGAUCCCAGCUCUACCCUCUAUCAGCUUGGGCAGAUAGGGCAGCCAGCGCCUUCGGUACCAUAGGCCGGGGAACCCCGUUCCUCUUCGGACCGGCCGCGGCUAUCAGCCUGGCCCAGAUCGAAGCCCAGCUAGCUCUGCACCAACUGAGCAUCAUCGCCGCUGCCAGUAACCACGGCAACCAGCAACUGGCCCUGCUCAACCUUCUCCAGCAAGCAGCUGCCAACAACAUCGCUCAGCCGCUCGCCCCCAUCAUGUACCAGCCUCAGCAACGGGGGGCGCCCUUCAACAGGCCCAGGAUCAUGCCAUACCAACAACAACAACCGGGGCACUCUACGGACGGCAACAACAUGGCCCAGAUGAACAGCUACCAGGCGGGUCAGUUCCCGCCGCAAACACGGCUACCCGAGGAGCUGGAGUCGGCGAUCUCUGUCCGCGUUCAGGGCGGGAGGGACGAGGACCACCGACUACUCAACCAGAAUACCCAUAUCUCCCGGCAGCAUUGUGUAGACCCCCGCCUGCAUGGGGACGGUCAGGGUGAGAGUUCAGAGACUGGCUAUUCUAACAGCAACAACCUUGUCUCGCUCUCCUGCGAUGACCAGCAGAAUCAGAUGCAAGAUGUGGACUGGUCUAACUACCAGACUCCCAGUAAACUCUUUGGUCUCAAUCAGCAGCAGCACCUUCAGCAAUCCUCCCACUCUCAUGCUAACCCCAACAGUGGGCAUUCAGGAGGGGGCAUGCAAAGUUGGAAUGCUCCUGUUUCUGAACCGGGUCGUCCACCGGGUGGAAACAUGCAGGGUCUGUACGUACCCGAGAGCGCAGGCAGUAUCCUGGCCGGCUUCGGCUUGUCAAACGAUGACCUGGAGGUUCUCAGCCACUACCCUGAUGACCAACUAACUCCAGACACUCUGCCCUUCAUCCUACGUGACAUACAGAUACACAAAACAAACAGAAACACAGGCCCUCCUGCGUUCUCUCAAACUCUCCCUGCUAUUCCUAACCUGCCGCCACCGCCUAGUCUUUCUUCACCACAGCGGCAUCCUGCACAUUCAUGUACGACCAACAUCCCAAGUUUUCUGAGUGUGACGCAAACGGCGGGUAAAGUUAUCGACUACGGCCACGCGAGUAGGGCGGCGGACGAGGGUAGAGACUCUUACAAACGCGAGCUACCGCCUAAGGAGAGAGCGACUAAACCAGAGUCAAAGCCCACCGGUUCGUCUUUGAAACGUAAAGCUGAAUCCCCAAGGCGGCACCACUCGCACGACGACUCCUCCGACUCAAAGAAAGACAAAGACUACAGGAGGCGUGCCCCAAUCCCCGACGCUCAGAAGCACAAAAGAACGCCCGUCAGAGAGCCGCCAUCGAGAUCUCGUUCGGAGCGCGAAGGGUCGAGAACAAGGCCACAGUUCGAAGCCAGGAGUGAGUCGUCAAAAUCAACCAGACCCUCCGGUGCCAAACGCAGCUCUAGCGCCACCAAGAGGCUCCCAACACCCACCAUGAUAGGUGAUUUCUUGGCGGACCCUCCGAAGUUGUAUCCCCACACCUGCUCCCUGUGCGACAUGCAAUGUGAACGGGCUAAGGUAUCCAGACUGGAAUCCAAAUGUCCCAAGGAGGGACCCGUCUCAAGGUCAGGAUGCCUGUGCCACCUGGCAUUCCCUAGAACGCUCUCCCUCCCGCUCAGUCUCCCGUUCCCUGUCCUGGUCCCCUCCCCCAACCCCCCUCCUGACCGAAGCAGAAGGAUCUCUCCGCCCACCUCCCAUGGACACGCCCCCCACACCUCUGGCCGGCACAGCCCCUCCCAGUCCCAUCGGGGUUCUGCCUCCAGCGCUCACAGGCCAGAGAAGAGAACCAGCGAAUCCUCAGGGAUAUCUACUGGGAGCUCCUCUCGAGAAGGCCUGAAGCGUUCCAGAAAUGACCCCGCCAAGUGUGCAGCUGGCUCUUCCUCAGCUGCCAAACUUGGUGGCCUCGGCAACAGAGCAGGGGUUUCUGGGAAACACGAGUCCGGGAAACGUGAGUCCUAUUUGUCGUCCGCCAGCAAGUUUCCGGCGUCCAUGUCUGAGAAGCCACAUCGUCCAGCUUCCUCUAAGCCGGGCGCCAAGCCAGCAUCCGGGAAGGAGACCGCCAUAGGACAGGACUCAGAGGUCCAGUCCUCCAAUGCGCCACAGAAGAAGCCGAAUCCAACGCUGCAGAAGAAGAAUCCUCCAGGUUCCUACUUGCUCUAUCUGACGGGCCUUCCUGUAGAUGCCAAGUACCAGGAAGUGGUGUCACUGGUGCAGGCCUUCGGCAAGGUCACCAAUGUCCUCAUCAUCAGGAACGAGGAGGGGGAGGGGAAACAGGGGCAGCCGCAAUACAGUAAAGCCACUGUUUGCAUGCAGAAAGAGCAGGACGCUAAAGCGCUGGCUGAGUGCCUCACUCUCAACAUACGGGAACACCCCAUCUCUGUCUCUGACCAGAAUGGCGAGGAGGAGCUUACUUCCUCGAUACCUGUCAUUAUAAAAGGAGAAGUGAUCGGUGCUCCCAAGACACCUGCAGCCCCCACCGAGGCCAACUUGACCAUCAAAGGCCCAGAAGCCAGCGUUGGUCAGAAGAAUUCAAAUGAGAGAGGCAUGGUCAAGAUUACUGGACUUCCUGAAAGCGGCUGCUCCGAGAUUGAUAUCGCCAAGCUGGCCCAGCCCUUCGGAACACCUGUCAAGAUCCUCCUCAUCACCAAGCCCAGUGAGGCUCUGGUCACCAUGCAGGAUGUGGAGUCAGCCCAGGAGAUGGUGAAAGUUUACAAUGACAUGCCUGUCUGCAUCAACGAUUCUGUUCUGAACAUGAGCCUGCUUCCAAACCUCCUGGUGGACUUCAACAGACCGGUGGCACUUUUCCAUUCAUUGAUGGGACCCAGGAAUCCUGUUAGCGAGGUGGGAGGUGAUGAUGACUGGAACCGUCUCCUGGUUGUCAGUAACAUCCCGGCCACGCCCUCCGGCCCAACAGAGAUCCAGAAACUGGUCCAGCGCUUCGGCACAGUCCAACAGACUCUGGCACUCAAGGACAAGAUCAUCUUUGAGAUGGGAACAGCAGACAUGGCCAAGAGUGUCUUCAACCGCUUCCAGAAGUUUCCCUGCAUUGUUCAGAACAACAAGCUCGCCUUCUCCUGGAAACCUGAUCCCAAGAUUGAUCUACCUAAAGUCGACAUUUCCGCUGCCGGCUCAACGGCUUCAACUGGUGGCAAUGACUCCCAGACUGCAGAGACUACUAUGCCCCCUGGUGGCCAGGAGGACUCACUGUCUCAGUCAGGAUUAAAGGUGGAGUCAGGAACAGGGGUUGAUACUAAGGUUGAAGGACAGGAGGUUCAGCCAGGAAAUGAAGGGAUGAAGGUUGAAGGAGAGGUUCAAGCCACAAAGGAGUCUCCAGUGUUAGGAAGAAAGGAUCAAGAGAAGGAGCCAAAUGCAUCUUCCUUACAGCCAGCAGGAGUGAACCAGAGAGAAGCUACAGAACCCAACACAAACCAACCUGGAGGUCAGGGUGGAGAGGAGGUCACAGAGAAAGUUGCAGAAAUUUCAACAACGGAGUCUGAAGAAACUGAAGAACCAGUCUCCUCGGAUGCUUCCUCCGCUCCUCAAGCUGCUAAACCAGAGACUGAGAAAAUGUCCGUUUCCAGUUCCACAACAGCCACCUCCGCCCCAGCCCCAAAAGUUAUGGCGGCCAUCAUAGAGGCCUUACGACAGGAGAGCAGGAACAGAUCCUCUACCAAGGUUUCCACCGAACAGGCUGCAGCUGAGAAUCCUCCAGGUAAACAACCAAAAGAUAAGGAGACUCCAGAUGUUCAGGCUGCCCCCGCUCUACCCAGAGUGACCCCAGAGAUCCUGAAGGUUCUGCUGGAGGAGUGCAGGGUCCGGUCUUCCAGUAGGGCCGGCGCUGAGCAGGCCAGGAAGGAACAGGACCUGGCGCCCCCUGCAGGCCAAAAGCCAUCCACUGAAAACCGAAGAGGCCACAGUGGAGACAGGGAGUCUGGAAGAGAGCAGGUUACCAAGAAGAAGACCCGCGAGGAGGAAAGGGAGGAGAGGGAGAAAGCGAGGAGGGAGAGGGAGAAGGAGAGGGAGAAGAGGCUGAAGGCCCAAGAGGAGGAGAGGGAGAAAGGAAGGAGGGAGAGAGAGAAGAGGUGGUCCCACAGGGAACGGUCAUCAGGAUCACCGGGGUCCAGGUCCUCUAUGAGGUAUGAGGGGAGCCGGCGCAGUGGGAAGAGCGGCGCCAGGUCUGAGUCCAGGAGAGGAAACGGAGAGGAGAAACAGCAGGAAGAGGAGGAGUUAGGUGAGAAGCACAUCCCCUUCGACAUGGCGGACUUUGUGACUGUGGAUGAGGUGGGGGAAGUAGCUGUGGUGCCCCGUCCUCUCCCCGAGACUACCACAGAGGUGACUGAGGUUAUGGAGGUGACCGUCAACGACCCUGUGACCACAGCCUCUAAGGCGGAGCGGCAGGCACCAGAUGACACUACACCGAUGGAGGUGGAGGGUGAGCCUAGGGCAGCGAAGGUACAGGAGGAAGCUCUGGACAAACGAGAACAGAAGGAGGGGUUGUUCCCAGCAACCACAGAGGAGGGGUCAGUGAAGACUGCAGAGGGAACUGGGGAGGUGACCGAGGAGAAAGUUCCAGACUGUCAGGAUGACAUCAUCAAAGAGCCUGUGGUCACUGUGCCGAAGACGACCUGCGACGAGGUCACUGAGGAGUCGGAGGUGAAAGGUCACGAUGAGGCCACACCCACAGACGCACCUGCCGCCGCUGGAGAAGAGGAAAAGGAGGGUGGGCGAUUGGAGGAUCUCAACAUUGGGACGUUUUUGACGGUGGACGAGGUGGGACAGGUGGAGGAGGACGGGGAGAAGAGGUCUGCUGAGACGGUGGAGUCUAAGCGAAGGAGGACAUCUCAGGAGGACAGAGAGGAGGAGACAGUGAGGCGGAAGAUGAAGAUGGAACCCCUCUUUUAUAAGGACUACAGCAUCCCUCCUUUCAACCCUGACAGACCUGUCGGAAUGGAGUUUCUGGUCCCCAAGUCAGGCUUCUUCUGCAAGGUGUGUUCUAAGUUCUACAGCGGAACUGACGAGGCCGAGAAGAACCACUGCAAGACCCUCAAACACCAUCAAAACCUUGAGAAAUCCCUGGAGAAGUGGAGAGUGAAGACUGACUCUCCAUGAUGAGAUGAAGAGUUAAAUAUUGACUGGAUGUGACCCAACCACUGACUGACUUCAUUCAUGUCUUAACUCUUUUCCCACUUCUUGUUUUUGUUUUUCUUCACCAUGGGUCCAAUCUCUCCCUCUCACACUCACUCACACAACUAUAACUGUUUCAUUUUGUUAGUUCUUUUCCCAUGAUAUAAGAGAAGUGAUUCAAUAGAGAGAAAUGAAAGUAGAAACCAGUGUACAAUGAAAAUAAAGUGUUUUAUUCAA